AUGUUCGCUCACGCCCACUCGGUCUCGCUCGACGACCAGACCGUGCUCACCUUUCUCCACAACGACAACGACGAUGGCGACGACGACGAUGAUGAUGACCGUGCAAAACAACUCUCCCCGUCUCCUCCUCCGCCCCCGUACUCGCCCGUCGACCAUGCCCUCCCCACAAACUUCGCCAAGAUGACCGCACACGACUCCCGUGUGGUGCGCCAGAGCCUCUUCAACGACCCCGCAUUCUCUCCAGAUCCCCGCGAAAACCCGCUCCUGAUGUCGAGCAUGUCUGGUUACGUCCAGCUUCCCGCUUCCACGCCCGUGAUUUCUGCACAAGCUGUCGCCCCCGUCCUCACUCCUGCCUGGCAGCCCGUUCUCCCCAUCCCGCUCGGUCACCAACCUGGCGUUGGCUUUCAUCCUCUCCAUCCUCGUCCCCCGUCCCCAGGUGUCGUCCCUCCCUUUCCCUCCUCAUCUACUUCCUCGUCUCCCCCAGCCAUCUAUCGCAAACCUUAUACCCCACAAAUAUCUACAUCCUCCACUGCCCCACCCCAGAUCUUCUGGCAGCCCCCCUCCAUCUCCUCCGAAUCUAGCUCCAGCUCUUCCCCGCUAAACACCCCCUUCAUACCGCCUCACAAUAUACCCGGUUUAUCUAAUUCUUCAUUCUUCUCUCCGUAUCCCUCCUCCGUGGACACUGCACCUACAUCUGCCGAAUCUAGUUCCCUCAGGUCCUCCGUGCCCAGCGAGUACUUUCCCGCCAGCAGGUCGUCUUUCCCAAAUGGUACACCGCUAUCCACAUCAGAUGCGAUCCCGGCGAUCACCCCAGCGCAUACACCAGCACCCGCAGCUCCGUCGCUCAUUUCUGUGCAGGCACAGGCUCCAUCUAACGCUCCACUUACGUCUACCCUACUGACACCUGCGCCGCCCCCAUCUGCACCCGUACCAACAUCGCUAUCCGCACUAACGCCGCCAUCGGCACCUGCACCCGCCCCCUCUCCCAUCACCCCCGCGCGCCCCUUCCCGCCCUCACACAUCUCCGCCGCCGAGCUCCGCGCACGGCCCCCGCCCCCCGCAGAGGCGGCGCUCUCCCGCAGCGUCUCCGCGCCCUUCCCCUCCAGCUCUCAGCCCCAGCCCCAGCGCACGCUCGCCCACACCAACAGUCUCAGCCCGGGCCAGAUCCAGCCGACCCGCAGCCGGCGCCCGAGCAACGCCGCGCUCGACCUCGACCGCGUCGACGAGCUCGACGAGACCGACCCGCGCGGCCUCGCCUGGCACCACGAUGGCCCGUACGAGGCCAUCAAGCGCGGGCUCAGCCAGCGCGGCGGCGUCGCGCCCCAGCCGCUGCUCCCCCAGUCCCAGGCGCAGGGUCCGGCGUCGGCGCAUCCUCAGCAGCAGCAUCACCACACGCACAUGCACAAGCGGCCGCCGGGGCCCGCGCAGGUGCAUGCGCAGAAGCGGGAGGCGGCGCGCAGGAAACACGUCGACCCCGCGACGACGUCCUUCGGGAUCUCGCCCGGCCAGAUCUUUCCCUCGUUCUCGCCCUAUCAGUCCCCGCCCGCACUCGACGUGCAGCCGCCGUUGAUCCCGCAGCCUCUGCAGCCCCGCCGGAUGCCGUCCGAGCCGCUUUCACAACGUCCAGCGCUGGCGGUACAGCAGCAGCAGCAGCAGCAGCAGCAUCCCUCGCCGCGGUUCCAAGCUGAACAGCGGCCGCAACCCCAGCAGCAGCGACCACCUCGGUUCCAGGCUGAACAGCAGCAGCAACGCCCGCCGCGGUUGCAGGCUGAUCAGCAGUUUGAGGCCCACCAUCACCAUCACCAGCAUCACCACCAGCAGGGCGUCGUCUAUGAUCAGUAUGCGCAAGCGCGUUCUACGCCUCUACAGCAGGUGCUGCCGCCCCCGCGGCCUGAGCCUCAGUCUCAACAACAGCAGCAGCAGGAGGCUCUGGUUUAUGAUCAGUACGCUGCAGUGCCCCGCGAACCCGAGCCUCAGAAUGCCUAUGGGCGUGCGCGGGCGUCUUCGCGGUCCCCUCAGCCUCCGCCGCAGGUUCAUGCGCAACCUCAGCAGCUCCACCACCACCAUCAUCAUCAUCAGCAACCUCCGUACGAGAUGCAGCCGCAGCCUCGAUACCAGUCGCCCCAGCAGGCUCAAUACCAAAUGCGGCGCCACUCGCUCAUGGCCUCUCCGUCAGGCUCGCUCACGCCGCCGCAAUACCCCUCGCCCGCGCCGUCCCCUGCCGAGUACGCCCCGCCGGGGCGGCGAUCGUAUCUGUCGCCUUCGGAUGCGCAGGUGCAGGUGCAGGUACCCGGACCCCGUGUGCCGCAGCCCGCCCAGAACGGGUACCCCGUUCAGCAAGCCCCGGCUCGCAGGCAAUCGCGCUCUUCCUCGGAGCUGCAGGCGCAGUACCCGCCCCGGCGCUCGAGCAUGUCUCCGUUGGAGCCGCAGGGACAGUACCCUCCACGGCACUCGAGCAUGUCCCCGUCAGAGCCCCGGGGACACGCCUAUCCCGCACAACAACAGCCCGCACCGCCGCCGCCGCCCCUCCGCCCCUCUGCCUCCCGUGUGCGCUUCGAGCCCGUCGGGAUCCUCGCGCCGGACAUCGCGCUCCCGCCGCCGUCGGUCAGCUCGCACCAGUCGCAGGCGUCCCUCCCGCCGCGCCACAUCCCGAAGCGCCUCGUGAUGCCCGCGCCGCUGCAGCCGUUCGAGGAGCUGCGGCGGCGCCGCGUGUCGCCCGCGCGUGUGGCCCCCGCGAACGGCGUCGCGGACCUCGCGCGCGCGCACACGUACUCGACGCCCGCGGCCCACGCUGCGCCGCUCCCGAGCGCGGUGGCGGCGCGCAGCCAGAGCCAGAGCGUGGGCAUGAGCCUCAGCCAGGCGCGCGCGCAGGCGAUCCCGAUGGUGAGCGCGCCGAAUGUGCUGAGGAAGCGCGUGAGCGUGAUUGGGGCGCCGAUGCAUGGGGAGGCCCCCGCGUCUGCUCAUGCGCAUGCGCAUGUGCGCGCGCCGCCGCCUGUGCAGCAUGUGCCGUCGGCGAAUGCGAACGCGGGGGAGAGGGAGCGGGAGCGGUUGGCGGCUGUUGCCAACGCGGCGAGGGGUUUAGGGAAGAAGCUGAGCAAGAGGCGGUGA